AUGGAUUCCCUGGUGGAGGGGAACCACACUGCAGUGACAGAGUUCAUUUUAUUGGGCUUAACACAGGAUCCAGACCUUCGAGUCGUCCUCUUCAUCAUCAUCCUGGGCAUCUACCUGGUGACCGUAUCUGGAAAUCUCUGCACAAUCCUUCUCAUCAGAGUCUCCACUCAGCUCCACCACCGCAUGUACUUUUUCCUCAGCCAUUUGGGUUUUUCUGACAUGAUAUUAUCUUGUUCUGUCAUGCCCAAUAUACUGGUUAACUUCCUAGUGGAAAGGAAUUUGGUCUCUUACCUUGGAUGUGCCAUCCAGCUUCUUAGAGUAAUUUUCUUUGGAACGGUCAAGUGCUUCCUUUUGGCUGCCAUGGCCUAUGAUCGCUUUGUGGCCAUCUGUGACCCGCUGCUGUAUUCAUCCAAAAUGUCUUCACAAGUCUGCCUACAGUUACUUGCAGUAACCUACAUAGGAAGUUUUCUUAAUACUUCCUCCUUUACUUUUUCCUUCUUUUAUUUUUUCUUCUUUGGGCCAAAUCAAGUCAAUCAUUUCUUCUGUGAUUAUGCUCCUUUAGUGAAGCUCUCCUGUACUGAUGUUAGUGUCCCUGCAGCUGUUCCCUCAUUCACUGCUGGCUCUGUCCUUGUGUUCACAGUGACUGUCAUUGCCAUCUCCUACAUCUCCUUCCUCAUCACCAUCCUGAAGAUGCGCUCCACUGUGGGCCGUCAGAAGGCCUCUACCUGCACCUCCCACCUCACUGCGGUCACUCUGUUCUAUGGAACCACUACAUUUGUUUAUGUGUUGCCUAAGUCUAUGUACUCCACUGACCAGAACAAGGUGAUAUCUGUGUUCUACAUGGUGAUCAUCUCAUGUUGCCCCCUUCAUUUACAGUCUCAGGAAUAA